AUGCUAAUUGAUACGUUUAUCCUUGUUUUUCUAGUGACGUGCAGUUUUCGAGGAUCUGUUCCUCAAGGGUUGGUCUUAGAAAUAGGAGAAACGGUCCAGAUUCUUGAAAAAUGCGAAGGUUGGUACAGAGGAGUUUCAACAAAGAAGCCAAAUGUAAAGGGGAUCUUUCCUGCAAAUUACAUUCACUUAAAAAAGGCAAUUGUCAGUAAUAGGGGGCAGUAUGAAACUGUGGUUCCUCUUGAAGAUUCCGUUGUGACUGAGGUUACAGCAACUCUACAAGAAUGGGCCAGUCUGUGGAAACAACUCUAUGUGAAACACAAAGUAGAUCUUUUCUACAAACUGCGCCAUGUGAUGAAUGAACUUAUUGACCUUCGAAGGCAGCUACUGUCUGGUCACCUGACUCAGGACCAGGUGCGGGAGGUUAAGCGGCACAUCACCGUGCGCCUGGACUGGGGGAACGAGCAUUUGGGCCUGGACCUGGUGCCUCGGAAGGACUUUGAGGUAGUGGAUUCGGACCAGAUCAGUGUCUCUGAUCUCUACAAAAUGCAUUUGUCCAGCCGGCAGAGCGUACAGCAAAGCACGUCCCAGGUAGACACAAUGCGCCCACGUCACGGGGAAGCCUGCCGGAUGCCAGUGCCCCAUCACUUUUUCCUCAGCCUGAAGAGUUUCACCUACAACACCAUUGGGGAAGACACCGACGUCUUCUUUUCCUUGUACGACACGAGGGAAGGCAAGCAGAUCAGUGAGCGGUUUCUGGUGAGACUGAACAAGAAUGGUGGGCCAAGGAACCCAGAGAAGAUAGAACGAAUGUGUGCCCUUUUUACAGAUCUGAGCAGCAAAGAUAUGAAGAGAGAUUUGUAUAUAGUUGCCCAUGUGAUACGAAUAGGCCGGAUGCUCCUGAAUGACUCGAAGAAGGGCCCUGCUCACCUGCACUACCGGCGACCAUACGGCUGUGCGGUCCUAAGCAUCCUGGACGUCCUACAGUCGCUCACAGAAUUAAAGGAAGAAAAGGAUUUUGUUCUUAAGGUUUACACGUGCAACAACGAGGGGGAGUGGUCGCAGAUCCACGAGAACAUCAUCCGCAAGUCCAGCGCCAAGUACUCCGCCCCCAGUGCCAGCCACGGCCUUAUCAUUUCUCUUCAGCUUCUUCGCGGAGACAUGGAACAGAUACGGAGAGAAAACCCCAUGAUAUUUAACAGGGGAUUGGCAAUUACAAGGAAAUUGGGAUUUCCUGAUGUCAUCAUGCCAGGCGACAUCCGCAAUGACCUGUACCUAACCCUGGAGAAGGGGGAUUUCGAGCGAGGGGGAAAGAGAGUGCAAAAGAAUAUUGAAGUGACCAUGUACGUGCUUUAUGCAGAUGGAGAAAUCUUGAAGGAUUGCAUCAGCUUGGGUUCUGGAGAGCCAAACAGAAGCUCCUACCACUCGUUCGUCCUCUACCACAAUAACAGUCCUCGCUGGGGAGAGAUCGUCAAACUGCCCAUCCCCAUCGACCGCUUCCGCGGCUCCCACCUGCGCUUCGAGUUCAGACACUGUUCCACGAAGGACAAAGGGGAGAAGAAGCUGCUCGGCUUUGCCUUCUCGCCCCUGAUGCGGGAUGACGGGACCACGCUCUCCGAUGACAUCCACGAGCUCUACGUGUACAAGUGUGAUGAGAACAGCACGUUUAACAACCACGCCCUGUACCUGGGCCUGCCCUGCUGCAAAGAGGACUACAGCGGCUGCCCUAACAUCCCCUCCAGCCUCAUCUUCCAGCGCAGCACCAAGGAGUCUUUCUUCAUCUCCACGCAGCUCUCCUCCACCAAGCUCACCCAGAACGUGGACCUCCUUGCUCUGCUGAAGUGGAAGGCCUUUCCAGACAGGAUCAUGGACAUCCUGGGGCGGCUGCGGCACGUCAGCGGAGAGGAGAUCGUCAAGUUUCUGCAGGACAUCUUAGACACACUCUUUGUGAUUUUGGAUGACAACACAGAGAAGUACGGCCUGUUGGUGUUCCAGUCUCUGGUGUUCAUCAUCAACCUACUCAGAGACAUCAAGUAUUUCCACUUCCGGCCUGUCAUGGACACGUACAUCCAGAAGCACUUUGCUGGAGCCUUGGCAUACAAGGAGCUCAUCCGCUGUUUGAAGUGGUACAUGGACUGCUCGGCAGAACUGAUUCGGCAGGACCACAUCCAGGAAGCCAUGCGGGCCUUGGAGUACCUCUUCAAGUUCAUCGUGCAGUCCAGGAUCCUGUACUCGAGAGCCACGUGUGGGAUGGAAGAGGAGCAGUUCCGGGCCAGCAUCCAAGACCUUUUCCACUCCAUCCGCUUUGUUCUCAGCCUGGACAGCAGGAACUCAGAGACACUCCUGUUCACUCAGGCCGCACUCCUCAAUUCCUUCCCCACCAUUUUUGACGAGCUGCUGCAAAUGUUCACCGUGCAGGAGGUGGCAGAGUUUGUGAGAGGGACCCUGGGGAGCAUGCCCAGCACUGUGCACAUCGGGCAGUCAAUGGAUGUGGUGAAGCUGCAGUCCAUCGCCAGGACUGUGGACAGCCGCCUGUUUUCUUUCUCAGAGUCCCGCCGCAUCCUGCUCCCUGUGGUUCUGCAUCACAUCCACCUUCACCUGCGGCAGCAGAAAGAGCUGCUCAUCUGCUCAGGGAUUCUCGGCAGCAUCUUCUCCAUCGUCAAGACCAGCUCUCUGGAGGCGGACGUCAUGGAGGAGGUAGAGAUGAUGGUGGAGAGCCUCCUGGACGUGCUCUUGCAGACUCUGCUCACCAUCAUGAGCAAAUCGCACGCUCAGGAGGCGGUAAGAGGGCAGCGGUGCCCGCAGUGCACAGCCGAGAUCACUGGUGAGUAUGUGUCCUGCCUUCUCUCGCUGCUCCGCCAGAUGUGCGACACCCACUACCAGCACCUCCUGGACAACUUCCAGAGCAAAGAUGAGCUCAAGAGUUUUCUUUUAAGUGUUGUGGGCAUUUUCCGGAACCUGAUGAAGAUGAGCGUCUUUCCUCGGGACUGGAUGGUGAUGAGACUUCUCACAAGCAACGUCAUAGUCACCACUGUGCAGUACCUGUCCUCCGCCCUGCACAAGAACUUCACAGAGACGGACUUCGACUUCAAGGUGUGGAAUUCUUAUUUUAGCCUGGCAGUUCUGUUCAUAAACCAGCCAAGCCUCCAACUAGAAAUCAUCACUUCAGCCAAGAGGAAGAAGAUUCUAGAUAAGUAUGGGGACAUGCGUGUGAUGAUGGCUUAUGAACUGUUCAGCAUGUGGCAGAAUUUGGGUGAACAUAAGAUCCACUUUAUCCCGGGAAUGAUUGGUCCUUUUCUGGGUGUGACGCUGGUCCCGCAGCCAGAAGUGCGGAAUAUCAUGAUUCCCAUCUUUCAUGACAUGAUGGACUGGGAGCAGAGGAAAAAUGGCAACUUCAAGCAGGUGGAGUCCGAGCUGAUCGACAAGCUGGACAGCAUGGUGUCGGAAGGGAAAGGUGACGAGAGCUACAGGGAGCUCUUCGGCCUGCUCCUGCUGGAGAAGAUUGAACAGGAAACAUGGCGCGAGACCGGCAUUUCCUUCGUGACCUCAGUCACGCGCCUCAUGGAGCGCCUUCUGGACUACAGGGACUGCAUGAAAGGAGAGGAGACGGAGAACAAGAAGGUCGGCUGCACGGUGAACCUGAUGAACUUCUACAAGUCGGAGAUUAACAAAGAAGAGAUGUAUAUUCGCUACAUCCAUAAGCUUUGUGACAUGCAUUUGCAGGCGGAGAACUACACAGAGGCUGCGUUCACUCUGCUCCUGUACUGCGAGCUGCUGCAGUGGGAGGAGCGGCCGCUGAGGGAGUUCCUCCACUACCCGUCGCAGAGCGAGUGGCAGCGGAAGGAGGGGCUGUGCCGGAAGAUCAUCCACUACUUCAGCAAGGGCAAGAGCUGGGAGUUUGGCAUCCCUCUGUGCCGGGAGCUGGCGUGUCAGUACGAGAGCCUCUACGACUAUCAGAGCCUCAGCUGGAUCCGGAAGAUGGAAGCCGGCUGCUACGACAGCAUCAUGGAGCAGCAGCGCCUGGAGCCUGAGUUCUUCCGCGUGGGCUUCUACGGCCGGAAGUUCCCCUUCUUCCUCCGGAAUAAAGAAUACGUGUGCCGUGGCCACGACUACGAGAGGCUGGAGGCCUUCCAGCAGAGGAUGCUCAGCGAGUUCCCGCAGGCCGUCGCCAUGCAGCACCCCAACCACCCCGACGACACCAUCCUGCAGUGCGAUGCCCAGUACUUGCAGAUCUAUGCGGUGACGCCCAUUCCAGAUUGCGUGGAUGUCCUGCAGAUGGACAGGGUCCCGGAUCGCGUCAAGAGCUUCUACCGCGUCAAUAAUGUGCGGAAGUUCCGGUACGACAGGCCUUUCCACAAGGGCCCCAAGGACAAGGAGAACGAAUUCAAGAGCCUGUGGAUCGAGCGCACCACGCUGACCCUGACCCACAGCUUGCCUGGCAUCUCUCGGUGGUUCGAGGUGGAGAGGCGGGAACUGGUGGAGGUGAGCCCCCUGGAGAAUGCCAUCCAGGUGGUGGAGAACAAGAACCAGGAGCUGCGGGCCCUGAUCGGCCAGUACCAGCACAAGCAGGUGCACGGCAACGUCAGCCUGCUCAGCAUGUGCCUGAACGGCGUCAUCGACGCUGCGGUCAAUGGAGGCAUCGCGCGCUACCAGGAGGCCUUCUUUGAUAAAGAUUACAUCACCAAGCACCCCGGGGAUGCUGAGAAGAUCGCCCAGCUCAAGGAGCUCAUGCAGGAACAGGUUCACAUCCUUGGAGUCGGGCUGGCAGUUCACGAGAAGUUUGUGCACCCGGAAAUGCGCCCUCUGCACAAGAAGCUGAUCGAUCAGUUCCAGAUGAUGCGGGCCAGUCUCUACCAUGAGUUUCCGGGUUUGGACAAACCAAGUCCUUCAUGCUCAGGCAGCAGCACCCCGCGGGGCAGUGUCCUCGCAUCCCACAGCCCCAUGAGCCCCGAGAGCCUCAAGAUGACCCACCGGCACAGCCCCAUGAACCUGAUGGGCACAGGUCGCCAUUCCUCCUCCUCGCUCUCCUCACACGCAUCUAGUGAAGCGGGAAACGCGGUGAUGCUGGGCGACGGCUCCAUGGGCGAGGCCCCCGAGGACCUGUACCACCACAUGCAGCUCACGUCUCCCAACCCCAGGUACCAGGGCUCAGUCACCAACGUGUCUGUUCUGUCCUCGUCCCAGGCAAGCCCUUCCUCCUCCAGCCUGAGCUCCACUCACUCAGCACCAUCCCAGAUGAUUGCCUCUGCCCCCUCCAGUGCCCGAGGCUCUCCCUCUCUGCCAGAUAAGUACCGCCACGCCCGGGAAAUGAUGCUGCUGCUGCCCACGCACCGGGACCGCCCGAGCAGCGCCAUGUACCCAGCAGCCGUCCUGGAGAAUGGACAGCUGCCAAGUUUCCAGCCAACCCUGUUCCAUCAAGUGAUCGGAGCCUGCAAGCCCUGCAGCGACCCCAAUCUGUCUGUGGCUGAAAAAGCGGUGCCCGCAGCCCCCAGCAGCUGGAGCCUGGAUAGCGGAGCCCGAGAGGCCCAGCCCUUCCUGUCUGCCCACAUGGGGCGCAUCCUCGUGCCCCCAGUGCCUCCCCGAAGCCUGCUGCAUGGUCAUUACUCCCUACACUUUGACACCUUCCACCACCCACUGGGUGACACCCCCCCGGCCCUCCCUGCCCGGACCCUGCGCAAGUCUCCUCUCCACCCUAUCCCAGCCUCCCCCACCAGCCCACAGUCGGGCCUGGACGGCAGCAACUCUACACUGUCCGGCAGCGCCAGCAGUGGCGUGUCCUCCUUGAGCGAGAGUAACUUUGGGCACCCCUCAGAGGCUCCGCCUCGAACCGACACCAUGGACUCCAUGCCCAGCCAGGCCUGGCAUGCCGAUGAAGACCUUGAUCCGCCCUACCUCCCUGUUCACUACAGCCUCUCUGAGUCGGCCGUCCUGGACUCCAUCAAGGCCCAGCCAUGCCGAAGCCACUCAGCCCCGGGGUGUGUCCUCCCUCAGGACCCCAUGGACCCGCCUGCGCUGCCUCCCAAACCCUACCACCCCCGCCUGCCGGCCCUGGAGCAUGACGAAGGUGUGCUGCUGCGCGAAGAGGCCGAUAGGCCUCGGGGCCUGCACCGCAAGGCCUCACUGCCUCCUGGGAGCAUCAAGGAAGAGCAGGCCCGCCUGGCCUGGGAGCAUGGCCGCGGGGAGCAGUGA